CCAUUGUUUGCUUCACAAGUAAUUGUUUUGUAAUGAAAUACAUCAUAGAUUUCCGAGCUACUGUUAUUUAUUGUGGAUUUUUUUAUUUCGGAAAUUGUUUUUCUCAAUCAAACCAGAGAUUAUUUUUUCAGUCACUUGUGUCUACUCCCCACCCCCACCGCACGGCGGGGCUAACAGAGCCCGCCCCCUCUCCUCUCUCCCCGGCAGCCUCCGCCUCUCUUCUCUGGGCUGCCAUCCACACCGCUGUUGUUGCAGCCAUUUUACCGUAGAGCGUCGACACAGCGACAACCGGAGGAUGCCGAGACAGCACCGUUAAAAGCGCGGGCGGGGCUGAGCCCUCCGUGUGUAUGCAGCGCAGCAGAGGAGAGACAGACAGCGAUGGACAGUUGACGACAACUAAACACGUUAUGUUACUGACUAGAAACAUGGCUGACACGGUGCGAGGUCCCAUGGUCGGCCGGCCAUUGGUAUUUGCCAAUGAGGAGCAGAGGGCGGUUCACUCUUGGUCGAGGAUCUCCUCAGCGGGGCACAACGUCCUCCUGGAUGCUGUGAAGAUCCUCAGCCCAAUGUCCCGCGACCUGUCGAGCACUGAGGAGCUGGUCACCUUCCUGCAGGAGCUGAGUGAGGAGGGCCACCAGCCCACCGUGCUACGCAGCAAGGACGUGUACCGCUACCGCUCCUCCACAAACCAACCCCUGACUGAGGACAUGCUGAAGCCACCCAGCAGGAACAUCAGACCCACCGCCAAGAGGAGGGGAAGGAGGCCCGUGCCCAAGAAGAGAGAAGUUCACCCGUCCUGGAACACCUCUGAAAGGAGCAACCCCAGGAUUCAAGGCGUUCGCCCUCCAGAGCUGCUGGUGGACCAUCACGCAAUCGUCUGCAGCAGGACACCCAGCAGGAAUGUAGAGAUGCCGCAAGAGCUGCAGGUGCAGCCGUGCCUCAGACUGACCAAUAUCGAAGGCCUGUCUGGCUGCCACACGGCAAGACUCCAGAUACACACUACCUGGGACUUGUCUUGUGAGGCGCCCUCUGCUGUCUUUUCACAGAAACAGCACCCUCCAACACUUUCAGGAAUACCUUUGCAGCCUUCCCAGAAUGGUGGCGGGGCGCCCACCAAAGCUGUGGCCUUGUUCAGCCAGAAGAGCCUGUCAUGCCCCGUCCGAUUGGACGGCGCCCUCAUCGGAGAUUCUGCACCGGUUUUCUACGCUAAUGGCCGGGCGUUCCCUCAGACUCACACAGAGCUGACCAGCAACGGCUGGAGGAGCAACGGCCUCCAUCGGGAUGGUCCGAGCCCCAAGGAACUGAACAAUCCAACCUGGCAGAGAAACGGCUGGAAGGACAAGAACAGUUUUAGAUGGAAAGUGGUAAAGGUGGAUGACUCUCGCUCAGUGGAUGAGGCCUGCAGGAAAGCGCAGAAGAUCCUACAGGUCAACCUGUCCCCAGUGAUCCAGAUCCAACCUCUCAAUCACGUGCUGAGAGACUUCAGAUACCAGAAUAAGUGACAGUUCUCCCACAACACAGACACAUCCUUUCCUUGAGCAGAUGUUAGUGUUUUACUCUACCUGGCUACCAGUGUUCAUAGAAGACUUUUUACAUGGGUUUUUGUGUUCCCUGCUGGUUGUUGGGGGUAGAGCAGGUAGUCGGCCCGUGAAAGUUCUGGUUCCUGACGGGGGCCACUCUGAAUUGAAAGGCAUUUGAAGUUAGGUGAUGCUUUUCCUAGCAGGCUGGGAAAUGACCGUCAGCCUGUCAGCAUUAGUUUACACCACAAAACACGUCAACCAACCAUCAUUCUGCUUUGAGUUGACUGGCUGCUAGCUGGUGUUGCUGAUGAAUUUUGGAGCAAAGUUUCCACUGUUAAAGUUAAAUUUUCUGCCCCUCAACAACAGUGUCAAAGUUCCACCAUAUUGUAGCAAGCAGCUCUACUCUGCUGUCUUUGGGAGGUGCUGGGAAGAGAAACUCAUUCAAACUCAGUCAAAACUCAUUUGAAGUGUAGCGCCAUCUUGUUAAAAAUUUUAAGUAUUUUUUACUUGAAGCGCUUAAAAUCAGCACUGUUACCUCCGAGGCCCACUGGAAAGAAAAAGAAAAUGAAGUUAGCGGUGGGACAACAUGAUCUCAUUGGAUGCCCAGAUGAACUGGAGAAUGAGCAGUGUGGGUUUUCAAAGUCUUCAGAUGAGCAGAAAUGGUGGUUGGUUGUUUCCAGCAAAACAAAUAAACUAAACAAACUGAGGAAAAAUAGAAAAAAAAAAGUUUAGUUUGUCUUCCUUUUUUGUAUUUUUGUUGUUUCCACUGGAAAUCAGCAAGGCUCUGGGAGCGAGUACAGCAGGGAAAUCGAACCCGCGGCCCACACACACACACACACACACACACACACACACACAGAUUGAUACCUGGCUGAUGAUGUUUGAACUACAGUCCUUCACAAAGUGUUCCUUUGGUUUAGUUUAUCCACACAUGGAGACAACAGACUGAUCAUAGAGUAUUUUUGACUGUUGGAAAUAUUUGAUGUCUUACAUUGAGUGAACCAGAAAACAGCUAAUACAGAAGACAAAUCUGGCCUUGUUUAAACAAGUUUGACCUCUGAGAUUAAUAUUUAAAUUUUAAUUAUGGGAAACAUUGAGAACUCUGAGAUCAAUCUCGAAGGUUUUCUUAAACUAUCUCAGUUCUGUUUUUACAAAUUUCUUACUGUUAUUUUUGAGUUUAUUCUCUUUUACAAAAUAUUCUUCCAUUCUGUGAUGUGGCCCUCGUCCACCUCCAUAAGUUGGAAAUGUUUUUUUUUUUGUUUUUUUUUACCAGAUAUGAAACACCAGAUGUGCACUCCAGGUGUGAAAUGACCACCAGCUGCUGGAGUCCUGAUGUAAGACAUUUGUUUGGCUUAUUUAAAAAUGUUUGUGGUGACAUGUGUUAACUUGAGCUGCAAGCUUUUCUGUAUCCUGCCGCAUUACAUUUGAAAACAGUGGCAUCAGAAAAAGUUUUGUGUGGCAUCAGAACUCAUUUGUGGUCUGCUCUGUUGAUUUGAUGGUGAGAGUCGCCCAAAAAAAAUCUACUUAAUAGUUUCUUGAAUUCUUCAGCUGUGAUCAAACUUGUGGCUCAGCUUAAAACUAAAACAAAAUGCACUUUGAGGGUGUGACAGUGCUUCGUUGCUGACUGUUCCUGAACAUGAAAGUCAUUAAUAUUAUUUCUUGUAGAACAUAUUUUAAAUAAUCUCUAAAAUUUGGUUUGAAUCUCUUUGAACCCACACUGGUUUUUGCUACAGGUGCUAACUUUGCAAUGUUGGUGCUGAAUUAAACGACUGGCACAAGAAUGUGGUCACGUUUUUUCUUCUAUUUCAGAUUGGAUAUUUUGAGUAUUUAAGAGCAGUGACUUCCUGUGAGUUAUUCUUAGGGACUGAAAGUGCUGCUGCCCCUGCAGGUUGGGUUGAGCAUGCCAAACCGCCUCGUGUGCUUUCCAAAGGUUAAUACUGUGGUGGAGGAACCACCUGAAUCCAUUUUCAUGUUUUCAUCUGUGAGACACUCCUGUGUACCCCACCCAAUAAAAAAAAAUGGUUGAGACAUUUGGACAAAAGCACAUUCCAUGAGAUAACUACAUUGUUAUUGAGCAAGAAAGUUUAUUCUUGAACUCCAAAACAGUUCUUUGACAAAAGAAUCUUAACUCAUAGGCUACUUACUAGCUUUUUCCAGAGCUUUUACAGCAUCAAGAAACAAUGAAAGCUCUGGAAAAAGCCAGUGAGCAGAUCUUAAUUUAAGGAAACAUAAUUUCUACUCUUUUUUAUAGAGUCCCCGUCUCCCAAAAUAACCCAAAUAUCAGAACCACUGACUUACAAACUGCCAGAUCUUAAGAUGCAGGUAUAACAGAGCUAAAACAUCACCAGGUCAGAAAACGAGGAUGAUCUUUUGUUUCUGAAUGAAGUAUCAAAAACCAUAAUUAAAAUAAAAGAAAUAAAACGAGAUUUCUAAACAUCCAUUUCAUGUUUAAAUGCUGUGGAGUCUGUCACUGUCGAUUUUGAAAUCCAUGCACUAUUUUCAAAUGAGUCAUGUGUUUUCCUGUUCAAACGGAGACCACAUCAGUGUUUAGUGGUCAGAUCUACAGAUUUCCACGUCUGUUGUAGUGAAUUUUACAUUCAGGAAGAGUCUCUCAGUUUCCUUGCACCCUUUUCCUAUUUGUCCGUACGCAGUCAUGUUCAUGCCCACCGACAAUUCCCUUUUCUAGAUCUUCUGUUAGUCUUGUUUGUGCAACACUUGUAUAAUAAUAUUGUAUUUCCUACAUGAAAACUUUGAAAACUUUUUUUUGUUCAAUAAAACUGAUCUGAAAAUUAA